AUGGCUGUCGGCAAAAAUAAGCGUCUCACUAAAGGAGGCAAGAAGGGCACGAAGAAGAAAGUCGUAGACCCUUUCUCCAAGAAAGAAUGGUACGACGUGAAAGCUCCAUCCAUGUUCCUGGUCAGACAGGUGGGCAAGACCCUGGUGACCCGAUCCCAAGGCACAAAGAUAGCCAGUGAUAACCUCAAAGGUCGAGUCUUUGAGGUCAGCCUUGCUGAUCUUCAGAACGAUGAGGUCACCUUCAGAAAGUUCAAACUGAUUGCUGAGGAGGUUCAGGGCCGCAAUGUGCUGACCAACUUUCAUGGAAUGUCCCUCACCAGAGACAAGAUGUGCUCUAUGGUCAAGAAAUGGCAGACUUUGAUCGAGGCCAGUGUGGAUGUGAAGACCACUGAUGGGUAUCUGCUGCGAGUGUUUGUCAUCGGUUUCACCAAAAAGAGAAACAACCAGGUCAAAAAGACUUGCUAUGCCCAACAUGCUCAGGUGAAGGCCAUCCGCAAGAAGAUGGUAGAGAUUGUGACCCGUGAGGUGUCCAGCAACGACAUGAAGGAGGUGGUCAACAAAUUGAUCCCAGACAGCAUUGGCAAAGACAUUGAGAAGACCUGCCAGGGUAUCUACCCCCUGCAUGAUGUCCUCGUCCACAAGGUCAAGGUCCUCAAGAAACCCAAGUUUGAUGUGGGGAGACUGAUGGAGCUGCACGGUGAGGGUGGAACUACUACCACCACCACCAAGUCGGUAACGGCGGAAGGUGGCGAGAAAGUCGACAGGGUGGAUGGAUACGAGCCCCCAGUGCUGCAGACAGUGUAG